CGUCGUGCUGCUGGCCGCGGCGUGUGCUGCAAUCGUUAACCAGGUGUUGCCCUGACCAGGUGUUCUACGAGACGCGAGAGACAGGUUGCCGACGGCACGCUCGCAGUUGCCGUCGGAUAGGUGUCUUGACGAAGAACUUUGUCACAGGAUCCGAUUCGACGGACAGUAACGUGUGUCUUACUGUCACAACAAGACCUGAACAUCGCAUUUCCAUAAUUACGGUCUCUGAACUGUUUUUGCCUUCUCGAAGGCAUAUGUUAUUGGAAAAUUAGAAAAAAAAAACCGUAGAGUUGCUAAGUCACAUUGUGAAACUAUUUCGGAAGUAAAAGGAAUUGAAAACUUUUGUAGGUAUUGUAAUUAUUAUUUGGACGGAUCGACGAAGAGAAUUUUUACACCCGUGGAACGUGAUAAUCGUCUACAGAGACUUCCGAAAACAAAUAUCGAUCCUGAAAGAAACAUCUGCUGUGGCACGGAAGAUAUACGGCAAAAGCUUUUAUCUUCCCGGAAUCUUACCUACUUUAGAAAAAAACUUUAGAAAACAAAAAAGAAAACAAAAAGGAAAACACGAUACCAGAUUGCGAACGAAGUCGUUAUUGGGUGUUGAAUAAGUGUCUCUCAGGCGACGCUUUGGUAUCCGAAUUUGACGGGACGGAGGAGCGACCGGCGUCGCAACGUCGGCCGACGGUGAGCGUUAUAUCCGCACGCUGACAACAACGCGGUCAGGAUGCAGGUAGCAACGCUGUUCAGGGAGAGCGCCACUCUGCUGGGCGCCUCCAGCCUGGACCCCCCACAGACUCACCAUCAUCAGAGUAUGCACCAGCAGCAACAGCAGCAGCAAAUGCAGCAGCAACAACAACAGCAGCACGCCAACGACAUGCACCUCGUUGGCCACCACUUGCAACACCACUACAAGAUGUCGUAUCCGUCACCGGUGCAGAACGGAGGACCAAAUGGCGCGACGACGAUGAGCUGCGCGAAUUCUCAAGGGGUGUUGGUGAAGCAGGAGGCGAGGGACGACGGUUACGAGACGAGUCCGGACCUCGAGAUGAGGAGCACCGGCGGUGACAGCAGUCAGCAGUAUCACACGCCGCUGACACCACACACGCCGCACACACCGCACACGCCGCACACGCCCCUCACCCCGAUAUCGGCGACAGCGCAUCAACCCCAGCAGCCGGGCUCGACCGCCUCCGCCCUCGGACAGGUCGCGAUAAAAUGCGAGACGCCGGUGGACCCGUACUCGUUCGUGGACGAGGACAUGUCGAUGGGCGGCAUGAGGACAGCGAGCAGUCCAGGCAGCGGCAGCGGCAACGGUGGCAAUCCCGAGAACAUGACGUGUCCGGGCGGUGCCCAACCUGGGCUUGGUACACCCACGUCGACGCCGCCCGGGGCGCUGCCCGGGCCGCAGCAUCAUCAGAUGAAUCUUGUGAUGAACGACGCCGCCGGCGUGAAUCCCCAGCUGGCGCAUCAGCCCAAGAAACGCGGCCGCAAAAAAAAGUCGGAGAUGAUACUCACCCCCGAGGAAGCGGAGCUCGCAGAGGCCAAGAAACGCGCUAAGACGUACAAAGAGCGAAAGAAGCACGACAGGUUCGAUGGCAUGCCGGAAGAGGAAGUGAGCAAGCGAGUUCUGCCGGAUCAUCUCUCCACCAACCUUGACAUUAUUAUAAUUGGUAUCAAUCCCGGAUUGUUCGCGGCUUACAAGGGACAUCACUACGCCGGACCUGGGAAUCACUUCUGGAAAUGUCUACACCUAAGUGGUCUCACGCCCGAACCAUUGACAGCGGACGACGAUUACAAGCUUUUGGGCCUCGGCAUCGGCUUCACAAAUAUGGUAGCACGUGCGACGAAAGGCAGCGCGGAUCUUACAAGAAAGGAAAUUAAAGAAGGUAGUCACAUCUUACUCGAGAAGUUGCGGAAAUAUAAGCCAAAAAUCGCCGUUUUUAACGGCAAACUCAUCUACGAGGUGUUCUCGGGGAAAAAGGAGUUUGGAUUUGGAAGGCAGCCUAACCUCGUUGAGGGCACAAAUACGUACAUGUGGGUGAUGCCUUCGAGCAGUGCGAGGUGUGCCCAGUUGCCACGGGCUGCCGACAAGGUGCCAUACUACGCGGCUCUGAAGAAGUUCCGUGAUUAUCUGAACGGCACGAUCUCGCAUCUCGAUGAAUCGGAUAUCGUGUUUGCGGACUCGAAGCUCAAGAAGAAAGAACAUGAGGCUAUUGAAGAUAAGAAGCCGGUGUACGACGAUUUGCCGGAUGGCGAAAAUCGCAUCACGGAGAUCAAUGGCACGGGCGUGAAGCAGGAAACGGGUUUAAUACCGGGCAAGAAGAAGCGCGGCCGGCCAAAGAAAAUCAAGAAUCCGGAGGAUCAGCCGCCGCCGGAUCCCGAAAAGUUGGACGCGAAUGGUGAGGUCAUCAAGAAACGCCGCGGACGCCCCAAGAAAAUACACCAGCAGCAGAAGCAGCUGGAACGGGAGAAUCGCGAGAGAGAGCAGCAACAACAGCAGCAUCACCAUCAGGCAAUGGGUCAUCUGAACGACGGCUACGGGAACGCCGUAACGAAUUGCUUCUCACCGCCGCUAAUGUCACCGCCGAAAACGUUCCCGCACAUGGCGCCGUAUUCUCAGCCGCCGCCGAUGAACGAUGGCUACUUCGGCCAGGGCAUGAACGACAGUCCGUACAACAUGAGCGCGAAGCAGAGUCCGGUGCAUCUGCAGCACUACAGUCAGAGUCCCAAAUCUAUGUCGCUAUCGUUUACGCACUCAGACCUGUCGUCGGAGAUCAAUACCGCAAUCUCGUCGGAAAACAAUCUGGAACCGUCGCCGCUCACAUCGCCCAGCGUCGAACAUCCGGACUUUGAACCGCCUACUACCAUGUCGCAACAGAACAUGAACAACGACCAUCGUCAGUACAAUCCGGCCGGUGGACCCGAUUCGACCGGUCAUCACGGCAGUCCCGGUACUCCGUCGCACAACAGCUACGCCAGCUACAUGGGCUAUCACGAUCAGACGGAGACACAUCAACCGCACCCGCAUCAGACUACGUCGACGCCGCUUAGCCAGACCCCCGACGACCACUCCCAUCACUCGCAUCAGACGCCACCGCAUCCACACACGCCCACUCACACGUCCAUGUCUCCGCAUCACCCGCACGAACAGUACGGAAUCAAGCGGAACUCCGGCCAGGACGUGGCGUCCAAGAGUCUGAGCGAUCUUGAAUCUCUCGUGGAUCAGAUCCCGAGCAUAACCGACGGCGGCAAUCAGCGCCUGCAACACCCGCAUCCGGGUAUGCCUGGCGACGAUAGUCUUACGGAGAAAAUGGACGCCCAUCAUCAAUCCUACAUGUCUGGUUUUGGCAGUAUGUCGAGCGGACCGAGCGGUAUGACCAAUUACAGCCCGCCAUUACCUCCGGGCGGCGGAAUCUAUCCCAGCUCGCUGCAUCAUUCGCCUAACGACACCGGUUACCAGAGUCUUUACGGAAUGAAUAGUCGUCAUCAGGACUCCCAACAACAGCAGCAACAACAUCAACAGCAGCAGCAACAGCAGCAGCAACAUAGCAAGUCCUAUACGGUGGAGAACCUCGCGUCUAGCAACUACACACCUAGUAUGAACCACUCGACGCACCCCGGUAACUCAUACCCGAACAUCAUACCGGGUCCACACUACCCGGUGCCGAUGAGCUCGGCCAAUAGUUACUUGUUCCCCGGUCUUGAGGCCUCCACUUUGAUGCAGGCACGUUCGUAUCACGGGAUCGGCGGGAUGAGCAGCAUGGGCGGUAUACAUCCGUCCGUACAUCCAAUGGCGGGGAAUUACCCGUACAACGGCUCGUACUCGAGCUCGUUUGACGCUUACCCGGCGCCACCUGCGGGCAUACACGCGCCAAGCGCCAAUUAUCCCGGCUACGUCGGCACGGCUGGUGCGGCGCCUACCACGACCUCGCCGCCGUCCUACCUCGCACCGUCGCACCACAGACCACCGGUCGAUCUCUCGUACGAUGGUGUAUGAUAAUCGAUGUGAAUCAGCAACUGUCGUUUUUCACCCACUAAUCAAUCAACCAAGCAACCCUCCCCAACAUCAGCCCCCCCUGCGCAAUCUGCCGAUCUCCUCUUGUGCGCGCGCGAGCGACGCGCGCCGCCGCGUUUAUCUUUUCUACGUAUUUUUACAAACGUCUCUUAAGGCUCUCAACGUCGGGGGCAUCGUCGCGCGUCGUUUCCCUGAAAAAAAAAAAAAAAAAAAGAAAAAAAACGUCGUCUCUUCUCCUCUCACUCUCAUCUCUCGAAUCGCUCGCAAACUUAUCGCGCUUGCGAGCGAUUUUUGCGCGCGCUUUUUGGCUUUCUUAUCGAUCUGUCUGUCUAUAUAUUCUCUCAUAGACUGUCUUUUUCUUUGGUCUUUUGCUCUGAUCGAUUCCGCGAACGCGAUACUCCAAAAUUGAUGGAAAAUAGACAUGUGUGUGCUUUGUUAUUUUCUUCGCGUCUCUCUUUACUACUUAAUUUCCCCGGAUAAAAAUAACGAUAAAUUAUGCGCGACUUAUUCGUUAAAUAAACUUGCGAUGUUUGAUUUUGUUUUUUUAUAAAAACAUCUGCUCCGGAUUGACUAUCGAAAUUCAACAUAUCUGUCGAGGAUAACAAUCUUCUUUCUGUUGAAGAAAAGUUGACAUCAUCAAUUCUUUGCCGAGGACACAACAAUAUGCGUCUAUUUUGUGUCAAUUUUGGAACACCUCUCUCCGGUGUUUCUUCUUGCAAUUCUUUCUGCAGCCUGCUUUUAUUUUAUCAACGCGUUUUCUCUAUCUAUCUCUUUCUCACACACACACGUACAAAUAUUUUUUCUUCUUUUUUUUUUUUUUUUUUUUUAUCUCGCGCUCGAUGUGCGAUUACGCCGUGAGUAAUUACGGGCGCGCGGUUCGGGAACGGGAAAACUGCUCGUGAAACGCGACCAUGGCUCACGCAACGAAUGAGAAACGUAAGCCUCCGCUAGAUUAGGUUUGCCGAUCGCGUUCUGCACCGUUAAAAUACACAUAUACACGUAUACACAUGAACACGCACAUCGAUAACCGUGACGAUAAAUGGCGACCUUAAACGUCGUACUGAUCGCGAUUACAAAUUCGGCCGACGUAGCCGAGGUCAGCCGAGCAUGUAAUUGCUCUGUCCCUUCUUUUUUUCCUUCUCAUCGAUCAGCUGGCAUCGAUCAUCCACCGAUUGCUUGCGAGCCACAUCCGCCGAGCUUAAAACCAUCGAAAGAGCACGUUUCCGUCUUCUCGUGUUUCGAAAAGAAAGAAGUUUUUAAUUGCAAAUGGUACAAACAGCGCAAGGUCCAAAACUAGUACAAAAAAAAAAGAAAGACACCGUGUUUUCCGCAACUCACUUGCGUGAUUAUAUAACGCAGCUUUCCAAAAUCAAUCAAAAAGGUCACCAACGUCGGGGCUUUUGGUUUAUCUUUGACGGAGUCAAAUCGCAGAGAAAGAAAUGAUCGGGAAUUAAAAAACCGGUGUAAUUCGGAACUCACGAAUUUUGAUGUCAUAACAGUGAAAUGCUUAUAUGUUUAUUGAUUGAUUGAUUGAUUGAUUGAUUGAUGCCAUUUUCCCUGACACAGAAUGCAUAAUAUGUGCAUCAAUCAAAGUUAAUGACUGACAACGAUGAGAUUACUUUGUCAUCGUUUAUUUGGUGAUGAAAAUACGACGACCGGUAUAAAGAUAAUUCUUUUUUUUUUUUUUUUUGUUUUCACAUUUAUUCAUUGAUAAUGAGAGAUGAAAUGCUCGCCGAAAUCAGAACUUCGGAUUCGUCUCUUAAAACAUGACUGUGUGCGCGAGUGGAACGGCGGCAACGUUUACUUACAUGUGUGUGUGUAUAGCGCGCACUGCGAUUUAUUAUUGUUGGCUUGUUACUGUUGUUAUUAUUGUAUUAUUAUUGCGUGUUUGAUUAAUUAACGCGCUGCGCUUCAGACCGCAUUGCGUUUUAUUCUGUUAUUAUCGAAAACAGUUUAUGCUCGAUGUUUCUCAAAACAUCGAUUAUUUCCAUCUAUUUUAUGGACGACGACGACGACUACUUGACGAACUGUCAACUUGAUUUCUUUUACGUCAAAUACUCAUACGAUUUUCUCAAUGUGUCAAAAAAAAAAAAAAAACAUCGAAAAAUUUGCCACCUCGACAAAAACUUAAGCUGAAAGUCUAGAAGAAUCUUUUACGAACUUAAUGUUAGAAAUAAGAAAAUAGUGUAAAAAUAAAAAAAAAAGACAAUUUUGCAAUUGUUAAUCGACCUUUGCUGAUUGCUGAUCGUGUCUCGAAAUCGCGGUUUUUCCGACGAACUGUAAAUUUUCAGUGCCGACUAAAUUGAAAAAAAAAAAAAAAAAAAAAAAAAACAUGCUUUUUAUUCGCAUAUUGAAGAUGUUCGUUUUGUUACACCAAGUAUUACACACAGACAAAGCUGAGUUAGUUAUAUCUCAGAAAAAGAUAAAUAUCUAUUACAUAAUAAAAAAUGUAUAUCUGAAGACGAGCAUGUUAUAAAAUAAACGCCAACCGAAGCGUUCGUCCUCAUUGACGUAAUUAACGAUGAACAAUUUGUAUACUCGUUAUACAAUCGAGUGCCGAAACCGUUUCGCGCGCGUUCAUGAGGACGCUCUCUGUGAAAUAAGUUCCGUUCGGUUGUGUCGUAAAACGAGGCAUUUUGUUGCCGAUAUAGCGAGUUAGUAUCUAAGUGUUUAGAUGUGAUAGAGAACACACGGUAAAAUUGUGUGCGAUUGCAAUUACUCGGUUGUGAAGUUACGUUUUCACGUAAAAAUACACACAUUCUCUCUCUCUCUUUCCACAAAAGUUGUCCGUGUUUGUUAACGUAGAUCAGAAGCGCGAUCGUCAUCGAUCAAAAAUUCAAAUUUGCACACUUCGUAUGCUCGAAGCGUAUCGAUCUAUCGGUUAAUUUAAAUCGCGCGAAUCUCAAUUUGCGUUCCGACCUUUCGUCCGGUCAACCGGACGCUCUCCUUUUAUUCCGCAUACAAAAGAUUGUGUAUCUUCGUUCGUUUCUUGCCGCACGACACGCGCAGCGUAUAAUACGCUCGAAUUUAAAUAUUCUAAUUGUCAUUUUCGCUCGAGACCUCUCGAGUCGAGAGUAAUUAUUCCAGCGGAAAUCGCAUUUCCUCGUUGCUGGCAAAAAACGAAAGCAGAAAAGUAUUAACCGAAUCCGCACGAGUCGCACACGUUGCCAUCGCCGCGUUGCUCGCCGCUUUUAUGAGUUUUGCACGUGCGCUUUUUCUUUUUUUUUUUUUUUUUUUUUUUUUUUAACAGAGUAAUUAUUAAUCGUUAUUAUUAUUAUUAUAUAUAUAUCGUUAAGAUUAUACCGCACGUAAAUAAGAAGAAACGAAACCGAGGUCCGAUUGCGCUUGGGUGUCCAACCGUGUAAACGCGGUCGCUUUGAUCGGAAAACGUUCGAUCAAAUUUUAACCGUAGUUUAAUCUUUUUAUUACAUUUAAAACAAAAUAAUAAUAAAUAUUAUUAUAGCAUAUUAUUAUAUUAUUAUUAUUAUUUUUCAAAUAUGUACAUAUUGUGACUUUUUCGAAUAUCUAUGGACCUUCGAGAUAUUUGAAACAUCUUUUCGAGAUGUUAAGAGUCCGGUGAUCUACAUAGAAAAUUGAUUAAACUAAGGUUGACGCUGGAUGGAUGUUAAGUAAACAGAAGUGGCUUUUUUAUUAACGCGCGCAACACGGAAUCCGCAAACGAUUAUUAACCGAAUUAUAAUUUUUUAUCACAGAAAGAUAAUCUCUCCGCGCACGCAAUCGGACUGCCUAGAGCUUGUUUAUUGUAUAAGACAUAAGUCCGAAAUGCGAGAGACAGAUGAAGACUACUAUUACUACUACUCGUACUUUGUUUCGUCAUAUAAACCGCCAUCCACUUUCGUACCUCGCGCCCGCAACAGCCAUCGCCGUUCUCGUUGCAACUCUGAUUAUUAUUUAUCGUUAGAGAAACUUGAUAUCACUCUGUGGAGAUACAUAUGUUACUGUCGUUAUCAACAUAGUCCGCGUUACGUUGUCUCGUUAAUUAUAAUUCUGUUAUGCGUUUCGCAAUUGUCGAAAGUCACUAUAUAUUAAUACACGAAGUAUAUGAAAACAAACAUCACAUAUUAUAUACACGUUACACACACACACACACACACAUCCUCAACAUGCAUACCAUAUACAAACAUACAAACACACGGUUCUCUCACACGCAGUCGUAUUAGAUAUUAUAGCUAGCAUUAAUCGACAUCCUCCUUUGUCGCUGACCGACGCUGUGUAAAGUGACGCAUCUGGCAUGAUUAUAAAUAUACAGAUAUAAAUAUAUAAAUAUAUAAAUAUAUAUAGAUAUAUAUUAUAAAUAAACUAUAAAUAUUAUAUAAUUGACUAUAUGUAAGGAUAAGCGAGCAUAACAUUUAUCUCGGGUAAAAAAAAAAAAAAAAAAAAACCACCUAGGAUGUGUCGAGACAUUUAAGAUGAUGCACAGGGUAUA